AUGGACAACAAAAUUUUCUUGUCGUCCCUAUGUGACCUCCCUAAUAUAAUUGAGGGCUAGAAAACUCUGGAUUUCAGGACAUUCUACAAAUCAGUUGAUGUUGCAUAGAUACUAUUUGUCCACAAUAAAGUUAUUGAAGAUAUUUAGACAAAAAGUCCUGAAGAGUUAGUCAGAAUAGCAGAAGACUAUAACCCUGUGCUAGAAGAUCAGGAAUUUUUGAACAGUUUGUACAGAAAAGGAGAGACUAAGAAAAUGGUUGAAGAGUAGAAAGGUAAAGGAGAGAAGAUUCAUUAUGAAUGUCUAAAAUUCAGACAUGGUUUAGCUCCAGUUGCCAAAAAUAUCAGAAAUAUUAGGCACAAGAAAGAACCGAAUGAAGAUUAGGAAGAGGUUCAUGCAGUAGAGAAAAUUCUCAAGGACAUCAUUGAUUAUGGAUUUGCAGAUAAUGUAGAAGAAGAGCUGCUUGUAUUCAAUGAUGAUGGAGAUUUGGUUAAAGUAGAAAAAGUAGACAAUAAGGAAAGAAGGAAAGAAGCACUAAGUGGAAAUCAAAUAACACUAAAUGCCUUGUAUAGUAGUACUCUAAGAAGUCAAGGCAAUUACCAGGAUGGCUAAUCAAGUAUGUACUCUGGACAGCAAGACUAAUUUGAUGAUGCAACAUCCUACAGGCAAGAUACAGAGUAUAACGAGACUGGCUACGAUUAUGAUUAAUAGUCAGAGAUAUAGCAAUAGAGUAAUUUCCCAUCAAUUUAGAUUCCAAUCUAAACUAACCAGCAAUACUCUAAUCAGCCAAUAGUCAUUAAUACAGGAGUGACCAGUAAUCACUAAUCAAGUACAUCAGGACCAAUAACGCUGAGUUUUUCAAAUAUAAAUAUAAAUCAACCUCAGCAAACUCAAAUCUAGCAGUAGCAGCAUUAAAUAUAGUAGUAAUAAGACUUAUACUAAUAGCCUACACAAAUUGAUACCUAAAUGACUAACAAUUUGCCUAUAAACACUCCACUUUAUUCUAAUGAAGAUUACUCAGCAAUGAAAAGAGAUUUAAGAGAGAUUAAAAAGCUAAUUAAGUCAACAAAAUAAAAUAUAGAGGAAGCAAAUGCCUAAGGAAAAGAUGUUGGUGAGUUAAGAUAGUAUUACAGGACAAUCAUAGCUAAAAAAAGAGAAGUAAAGACCUAGAAGAAAAUUGCUAAGAGAUAAUUGAGAUAGGAUUAAAAUGUUGCUAUGCAAAUGUGA